AUGAUCGGGUUCGUCAGCAUGGUGUUCUGCGGUCACCUGGGGAAAACAGAGCUGGCGGGGGUGGCCUUGGCAAUAGCGAUCAUAAAUGUUACGGGUCUCUCCAUUGGUUCUGGUCUUUCCUCAGCUUGUGACACUCUCAUAUCACAGACAUAUGGGAGUGGAAACUUUAAGCAUGUCGGAGUCAUUUUGCAAAGGAGCAUUUUGAUUUUACUUUUGUCCUGCUUCCCUUGCUGGGCUGUGCUUAUUAACACAGAGGCCAUUUUGUUGGCUGUCCGGCAAAGUGCUGAAGUUGCUAGACUCGCUCAGCUGUAUGUGAAAAUCUUCAUGCCUGCUCUGCCUGCGGUCUUCAUGUACCAGCUGCAGGGGAGGUAUCUCCAAAAUCAGGGAAUCAUCUGGCCACAAGUUAUUUCCGGAGCCAUCGGAAAUGUUUUUAAUGUAAUUACCAACUAUGUUUUCCUUCAUGUUCUGAAACUUGGAGUUGAAGGUUCGGGAGCUGCCAAUACCAUCUCACAGUUCAGCUUAACUGUGAUUCUGUUUCUGUAUAUUUACAUCGGGAAACUCCACAAAGCCACAUGGGAUGGCUGGUCCAUGGAGUGCCUCCGAGAGUGGGGCCAGUUCCUCAGCCUGGCCCUGCCCAGUAUGAUCAUGAUGUGCUCCGAGUGGUGGCUCUAUGAAGUAGCUAGUUUCCUGGCAGGGGUCAUCAGCGAGGUGGAGCUGGGGGCUCAGUCUAUAGUCUACGAGCUGGCUAUUAUUGUCUAUAUGAUUCCAGUGGGCUUUUCGAUUGCUGCCAGUGUCCGUGUUGGAACUGCUCUCGGGGCUGGAAACAUUGAACAAGCCAGAGUUGCCACCAAAGUGUCCCUUGGCUGCACUGUUGUUGUUUCAUGUAUUACUGCCAUUGUUCUGGGGUCAUCUGGGAAUGUGAUUGCAUACAUUUUCACAUCCGAAAGGGAGAUCAUUGAAAGGGUUGCACUGGUGAUGAAGUUCUAUGGUUUGGUCCAUAUAAGCGAGGCUUUUGCAGGGUGCAUGUACGGCAUCGUCCGGGGAUCAGGAAAGCAGAAGAUUGCAGCUGUUGGUAUUUUUAUAUUUUAUUAUUUUGUUGGAUUUCCUGUUGGUGUGUCCAUGAUGUUUCCCCUUAAAUUUGGAAUUAUUGGUUUGUGGAUUGGAUUCCUAAUUAGCGCCUUAGGGAUCUGCAUAUUUUUUGCCAUUUAUUUUUGUAAGUUUAACUGGAAGAACGCCAUGGAAGAGGCACAAGGCAGAGUGGGAGGAGUCAGCGGGAAGGAUGGCGUUGUUACUCUGCAGCAAGAGGCCAGUCAGACGUCAGCGGCCACAUCGCUGUCGGUCAAACAGCUGGUGGUGCGGCGCAGCUUCACCGUGUUGUUCAUGAUCGUCAUCCUCGCCGCAGGAGUCUUCAUCAGUGAGCUGCUUGUCAACGUUCUCCAAUUAGAAAACUGA